AACGAUCGGGCUAUCAACGGGCUGCACAUCACGCUCUUCCACUGGGGCUUCCUGGCAUGGAUCGUCUAUGCCAUCACUGCACUGACCAUGGGCUUCCUCUCCUACCGGAAGGGGCUUCCGCUGUGCUUCCGCACCUGCUUGGCCCCGCUGUUCGGCAAGGCCACCUGGGGCUGGAUGGGGGACAUGCUUGAUGUUCUUACCAUCGUUACCAUCGUCGCCGGUCUUUGCACGUCGCUUGGCCUGGGUGCGCGGCAGAUCAUCGGUGGCCUUCAGCGCCUGGAGUGGCUGGACGGCACCCUCAGCGAGGAGCGAACCCCCAACCCUUUGGACCAGCUCACCAACGCGGCUGCCUGGGUCAUCGCGGUCAUCACGCUGCUCGCCACCGCCUCCGUGGUGGCUGGCCUGGACUUUGGAAUCAAAACGGUUUCCUACACGGCCUUCAUGCUGGGCAACUUCCUGAUGGUGGUGGUCUUCAGCUUGGAUGAGCCCUGGUACAUCCUGAACGUGAUGGUUCAGGCCGUGGGUUACCACCUUGCGAACUUCGUCGAGAUUGCCUUCGACACGGAUGCCUUUGCACAGCUCGACCUGGGCAAUGGCCGGCCCAACGAUGGCAAGGGAGCCAACCCCUCCUGGAUGGACUGGUGGACCAUCUUCUACUGGGGCUGGUGGAUCGCUUGGGCCCCCUUCGUGGGCACUUUCAUGGCCCGCAUCUCCCGUGGACGUACCAUCAAGCAGGUGGUCAUGUACACCCUCACCUUGCCCUUCCUCUAUGCCGUGCUUUGGUUCUGCAUCUUCGGUGCGGCCUCCAUCCGCAUGAACCGCCGGGCCAUUUGGUUGGAGAAUGUUGGCACGGAGCUUUUCAACAACUCCGACUACUUCCUCCACACCGCUUCGGCCUUCAGGCCCGGUGCGGCGGGCAAGUGCUUCGACGUACCGGCGACCCUGCCAGGAGACGCCUACAAGUCCUACUCGGUGAACACGGAUGUGAGCCCCGUGUGCAAGUUUGCCUCGGGAGACUCGUCGGGCUACUGGUUCGACCUGAUGGGCCAGUACUACGGCAUGGGCCCGACCCUGGUUUUCGUGUCCAUCGUCACCACGAUCCUCUACUUCGUGACCUCCAGCGACAGUGGCUCUCUGGUGGUGGACCUGAUUGCUGCAAACGGCCGCGAAGCGCAUGUUGUGCAGCGGGUCUUCUGGGCUUUGACGGAGGGUGCGGUGGCCAUUGCUGCGCUGGUCUCUGGUGGCUUCAGCUCACUGACGGCCUUGCAGGCUGUGUCCAUUGUCAUGGGCCUCCCCUUCACGGUAGUCAUGAUGAUGAUGUGCACGUCCCUGUGGCGAGCACUGAAGAUUGAGGCUGGGGAGAUUGCCCCAAGGGGCCAGCGAGUGGAUUGGAAGCUGCCUCUCUAUGGCGGCAUCUUGGAUGCUCCUGAGUGGGUCCUGAGCUGCGGGAGGUCCAAACUGCCGCCCGCGAGCGCUUUCGUCAACUUUUUCGUGGCCACGUUGAUGCCCCCCGUCGUCUUCUGGCGGUCCAUGCGAGCCUAUGCAAAGUACGAGAAGGUUCCGACAGGAGCCGGUGCCCAUGGCAUGCUCACUGUGGUGAUGGGAGUCGCCUUCAAGGCCUUUGUCAUCUUCCACAUUGUCUCCUGGGUCUACCAGGGGGAUACAAAUGGCAGCAAGGUGGGCAAGGGAAUGUGGGCUAUGGCCUGGGUUGCCUACCUCACCUUUGCUGGCGUCCUCUCCCUGGGCCGUCACCAGAUCAGGAGGCUCUAUGGCAUCGAGGGCUCUGGUAUCGAGGACAUGUGCGCUGCCCUCUUCUUGUACCCGCAGACGCUUUGCCAGAUGAUGGCACAGGUCGCCAGCGAGCAGGCCCCAAAGCCCGUGUACAAGAAGGCGCAG